GCGCGGCUCGCGGUCGCAGCGUCAGUCAGCUGACCGGGGCCCCGGGAUAGUCGUAGGAGAUCGUAGCUCGGUGUCGGUCAUGGUGUCUCUGCUGUGCUGCGGGCCCAAGCUGGCCGCCUGCGGGAUCGUGCUGAGCGUGUGGGGCGUCAUCAUGCUGGUUCUUCUUGGAAUCUUCUUCAACGUCCAUUCCGCGGUCCUGAUAGAAGACGUCCCGUUCGUGGAGGCCGACCUGUUUGAUGACCCCAAGCCUCCCACCAAGCUGUACGGCCUAUACGAGCAGGUCUCCUACAACUGCUUCAUCGCCGCCGCCAUCUACGUCCUCCUGGGGGGCUUCUCCUUCUGCCAGGUGCGGAUGAACAAGAGGAAAGAGUACAUGGUCCGCUGAGCGAGCGUCCGCCCUGACCCCUCCCCCGACACCAUGAGGACUGUGUAAUGAGGCACAGAUGGAUGAAGCUUCCCCUAGUGUCUUCUUCUGCCCCCAUGUGGACCACCAGGACCAGGACUCCCAUCAUCCAUGGUGGUGAAGCUCCACCCACCGGCGCUUCACUCUUAUGUGGAGACCAUGAGACGACAUCUCCAGCCCUCGGGGUCUCCUAGAUCUGGAGGGCGAUACCUUGGAUAUGACUUGCACACAUUCCCGAGACCCCCGUCCAUUCAUCUCCUCAGUGCCCCCCAGACCCUCCUCUCCCUGGUCUCUUCUGACCCCCUCCCCCCCCUCUUCUUCUACUUGUUGUUCUUCUGAGAUGUUAUUUAAGAUACAAGAUGUAAAUGUUUAAUAAAGUGAUGAGAGUCGUG